CGAGCACAUUGUUCCCAAUUCUCUCACAUUCCAACCCCAAAAGCCAUAUUCGUUUUGUAUCAAUUCGUUCAGAUCUUCUUCGUGUAUCAACAAUGGCAUAUAGUGAGUGUGAAAACUUCCACGUUCUGGCCGUCGACGACAGCAUCGUCGACCGGAAACUGAUCGAGAGGAUCCUGAAGGCCUGCUCCGGCGACAAUGUGAAAGUGACGGUGGUGGAUUCCGGGGCGAAGGCUCUGCGCGUGUUGAACGAGGUCGGAGCGGAUCUGAUCAUAUCCGAUUACAGUAUGCCGGGAAUGACCGGAUACGAUCUGUUGAGGGAGAUCAAGGGCUGCUCUGCUCUGAAGCAUAUCCCCGUCGUCAUUGUGUCAUCGGAGGAUAUUCCUGCCCGGAUUAACACCUGCCUGUCGGAAGGCGCCGAGGAGUACUGUCUUAAGCCCGUCCGGCUGUCGGACGUUAGACCGCAUCUGCAGAACGCCUGUAAAGGAAGAGCGGCUACCGGAUUGAGUUCUACAUCUUGUGGGAUCUGUUGAAUCAACCCGUUUUGAGGAUUGGCUUCUAGGUCUUGUGGGAUCUUUUGAAUCAUUCAAAUCAGGGAAUUAACUCGUGUAGAAGAUUCUUGCCGGGGUUAGUUGUGAUUCAGAACAAUUUUGCUGUGUCGAUUUGUGAAGAUAUUCUAAAUCUUAGGCAAUUUGAUGUAUUUAAUUUUGUAUAGCUUUUAGAUGAUUUGAUUAAGAUAUUUGAUAAAGCUUUUGGAUCGCAACUUUUUGAUAUGGAUUGGUUUAAUGUGUUAAAUGUUUUGUUUUGGUUUACAUAGUACUUCAUAAUUGUUUAAGGUUGAUGCUCCGUAUGAUCUAGCGUGGUCUUCGAUUAAAAACAAUCCAAG